CUUUAGGAAAGAGGGGGCUGGGCAGAAAACGUUCUCACGGAAAGUGGGGGGAACAGGAAGUUAAGACGGAGUGAGCGAAGUUGGAAGGGGAAAGUUGAGGCAUCUGUCCUGGGGGAGGACAGGAAGAGGAAUUUACAGUCGGAAAAAUGGGGAAAGGGAUCUUAGCGUUUGAAGUGGGGGAGGGAGAGGGUGCAUUUUAUGAAAGCUUUCCCUUUCAUAAUGGGGUGAGCUUAUGUCCAACCCCUGUUUGGGAAAAAGUGGCAUGACUUGCUCGUUUUGCGAUAACUGACUGUCAGCUCCCUGAUCCUGGGUUUAAAACCCCAUGAAUGAAUACCAUGAAUGAUCAGUCAGAGCCUUCAUUCCAAUUACUAAAAAAGAUGAUCGUGUUGCUGCUUAAUUACUUAUAAGUUGCUGUUACAGCAGGUACAUUAGAAAACCCACAAUUGAUGGGGUUGAUAAUUAGCGAACAGGCCUUAUCCUCCACUCCCCUAUCUUCUCUCUAGGGGGUUUUAUGUAUAUUUUGAGAAGGGGGAUUUGUGGCCCAGAGAUCCCUCUGGGCAUUGUUUGGAGAACCAGGGAUAGAAUUUGGAACCUUUCAGGCAUAAUGUUUUGUGAAAAAUGCCUGUGCCUCAAAAGUCUGUGAUCAAGUUGGCAAAAUAAGUCAAUGGAAAUAAUCUCAGAAGUUAUCUUUUGAUUUUUUGCUUGCCUUUCAAAGUCCUAAACAGAGAUUUGGGGAUGUGGAUCUAGUAAACUAGAAUCAGCAAACCAGUUCUGACAACUGUUAUUUCUGAAAAAACCCUUUCCAUUUACAGUACUGUAUAUCUAAAUGUGUAAAUCUAAAUAUGAAUUGGGAAAAGUGUCUCUGCUGUUGUUUUCAUAAUAGGUUUUGUUAUGGAUAGUAGCUUUAUGUAUAUUGUUCAAUCAUUUGCGUUUUUCUAAAGAGGGUUGUUUCUUUUUCUUCUUUUAGAAAGAUUAGAUGUCUCAGUAAUUACUUUGAGCACUCUAAAAAUUACUUCAAUAUGAUGUCUCCAAUGGGAACACGCAGAGCCCCGCUCUCCAGAUUUUCUUCUCAAAUUCUUAUUCACUAAUGUUGACUGGGUAACUUUAGCGGAUAAGCCAGUUGUAAAUCAAUACCUUUGCAAUGUGACAAGGAGCAACAGGGAGGAAGGAAAUGCAGUUUUGAAGUGAAAAAUUAUGGAGACAUUUCAGAUUUUCCUCAUUACUAGUUGCAAAUGGUUUCAAAUUCUUUGGUUUGGGGGGAGUGCUGUUAGAAUUUGAUAUAUUCACCUGAAAGCAUCAUUCAUUAACUGUGCUCCCUCGUACCAUUCUCGCUUACGACUGUUUUAUUGUGCCACUGUGAAAUCCUCUCAUGUGCAGAGAAGUUAAACAUAAAGGGGAAUUAUUUUUCCAUGGUUUUGAUCCGUAAGCGGUACCAUAUGCCACUGGCUACACCUUCGUAGGUGGGGGGAAGUGGGAGGGGCCAAUGCAUCCUUGUCAUCAUGUGCAAAAAUGAUUUUUAAAUGGAAUUGCAAAUCUAUUUUGCCCUGUUUUGCAAAUUAGAAAACUUGCAAAAAAAAUCCUGACUUUUUCACUGUUGGUUAAUAAUGAAUACUUUAAAAUUAUCCUGACUGUUGUGCCAUUUUGCCUCACUAUAUGGAUUUGGUAAAUUAUUAAUUUUAUCACCAUCAGCAUGUGUGGUGUUGUACAAACAGGAGCAGCAACAAUAGAGGGGAGAAAGUACUCAUGUAAACACUUUUGGGGGAACCAAAUCCUCUUGAUGUAUGGAGGAAUCCUGUGACAGAACAGGUUCCUUGACAACAAUCUCUCUGCCUCCUGGAAAUUGUUGGCCAACUUUGGUCUAAGCUUGCAGUCAAAGUUUGAGGGAGAAGACUCUUCCCACCAUGUUUGCCUGUGAGACUUGGGGUAUCACUGGCCAGACCUCGGUCUACAAUUGGGACAAGUCUGUCUACCUCUUGGAAGACAAAAUGGAGUCUGAACAGGGAUCGGGGGAGCUGGAUCUCCAUUUUAAAGUGCUGCUUGAGCAGGAGAUGUAUCCAGAAAUCACAAUUGAGGAAGAAGAGGAAGAGCCUGAAGAAGUAGAAGUAGAUGCUGAAGGAGAGGCAGAAGAAGAGGAAGAAGAGGAAGAAGAGAGGGGAGAGGAGGAAGAGGAGGAGGAGGAAGAAGAGGAGGAAGAAGAGGAGGAGGAGGGAGAAGGGGAUGUGGAAGAGGAGGAUGAAGAAGAGGAGGAGGCACGCCCACCAGGCCCUCAGCAGGAGGCAGUGGGAGCAGUAGAUGGAGAUGACUCCCUGCUUGUGGUGUGUACUGGAACUGUUGAAGAGCUGCUAGGCUUGGAGGCAUCACCAACUGCUGAAUCAGUGCAACUAGAGGAGGCACCUCAACCUCAGCGCUGGGAGGUCCAGUGGGAGGAGGUGUCACAGACUGAUUCACAGCCUCUCCCCCCUGAAAUUAUGGAACCACCACUAACAUCACCAGAAGCAGCCACCUCCACUAUCACUCAGGUAGUGGAGGUAGCUGCAGCAGAGGUAGAACCAGAGGCCUUCCCGACCACUUUGGAGCAAGUGGGGAACACUUCAUCCCCAUGGGGAGCAUCUUUCAUUGAAGAGAGCCACCAGGAACCCCAUCCCUCCCCAGCUGGUGCCGAUAGAGGGAGUGUCGGCAAAGCACGGACGCCUCUAUCUGGAGGAGGCAGUUUCAGCCUGGAGACUGCUCGCCGGCGCUUCCGGCAGUUCUGCUACCAGGAAGCUGAGGGUCCCCGAAAGGCAUGUGGUCAGCUCUGGGAGCUUUGCAACCACUGGCUGAAGCCAAAGAACCGCACCAAGGAACAGAUUCUUGAUGUCCUAAUCUUGGAGCAGUUCCUAGCUGUCCUCCCUCCUGGAAUCCGAAGUCGGGUGUGGGAAUGUAGCCCGGAAACAUGUGCGCGGGCAGUGGCCCUAGCCGAGGAGUUCCUGGCCAAGCAGCAAGAACCAGAAAGACCAGAGGAGGAGGAUUCUGACUUAUUUGAGGAGGUGGUGGUGACAUUUCCUGAUGAAGACCAAGUCCUUUCAGAUACUGAGCAUGGAGAUAUGUUUGUGGAAGCUGAACAGCGGGCUGAUGUGGACAUCUGUUUGCUUGGUUCUUCUGACACAGAAGCAACCUGGGAUUCUUCUGCAGAUGAAGGAGAAGGAGGUGGCUCAGCAGGUGCCCGGACUCCCAGCAGAGCAGAUCCUCAGUUGGGAUUUGGGGAAAGGCGCAAUGGAGCAGUGCAGCAUUUGGCUCCAAAGAGGAUACGGGUAAGAGAGAAACGCCAUCCUUGCAUUGAAUGUGGGAAACGGUUCCGUUGCCAGUCAGAGCUGGCCCUGCACCAGAAAGUCCACUCUCGGCCCAAAUCCUAUCACUGUGCUGAGUGUGGGAAACAGUUUGGUCGAUCCUCACAUCUCACCAGGCACCAGAAAACCCACAUGGGUGAGGAAUGCCACGUCUGCACAGAAUGUGGCAAGCGGUUCCGCUGGUCAACGGAGCUUGUCAUCCACCAGAGGAUCCAUGCUGGGGAACAGCCACACUACACCAUGGAUGCUGACACUCUGCUUCAGUGGCCCUCAGAGUUCAGUAUGCCCCAGAGUGUUUUUACAGGUGAGAAAGCCACUCCAAAUGGUGAUAUGGUGAAACCCCAUACAGUCAAGAAGCCUCACCUCUGUCCCGAAUGUGGGAAAGGGUUCCGGUGGCCCUCUGAGCUCGCGGCUCAUCAGAAAACUCACAACAAGAACAAACACUACCUCUGUCCUGAGUGUGGGAAAGGAUUCCAGUGGCCCUCAGAGCUUGCGGCCCAUCAGAGGACCCACACAGGCAACAGCUUGCCUCUCAUGACUGAUUGUGAGAACAGCAACAGCCAGCCACUUCAUCACCCUCCCUACCUGGGAGCUGGCAUGGCAGAGAAACGCCACCUUUGCGGAGAAUGUGGCAAGGCAUUCCGAUGGCCGUCAGAACUCGCCACGCACCAGCGCAUCCACACGGGAGAAAAGCGCUACUUCUGCACAGAGUGUGGGAAGGGGUUCAUAUGGCCUUCAGAGCUGGCCGCUCACCAGCGAACCCACACUGAGAAGCAAGCCUACCAGUGUAUGGAGUGUGGAAAAAUAUUCCAUGAUCUCUACGGUCUCACGAGACACCAGAAGACCCACCUGGGAACCAAGGUCUAUCCUUGUGCAGAGUGUGGGAAAACCUUUAGUCGGCAGUCCCAUCUGACUCGGCACCGGAUCACUCACACUGGCGAGAGACCCUACCCUUGUAUUGAAUGUGGAAAAAGGUUUGGACGGCAGUCUCACCUCACUCGGCAUCUGAGAAUCCACACUGGAGAGAGACCAUAUCAAUGUGGUGAGUGUGGAGUGAGGUUCAGGCGGAGGCACAGCAUGAUCUACCAUCAGCGGAUCCACUUGAGAGAGUCCAGUGGAGGUCUAGACAUGACAAACCCUCCUAACGCAGAAAACCUUGCUGACCAUCUCCAGAACCCCAUCCAUGUCACAAUUUGACACGUCGGGUGGUAGGGAAGGAAUUUCAGAAGGAAUGUGGGAUGGGUGAGUGGGACAUGUUGAUUUCAACAUCUGGAAGAGAUUCUCCUGUGGUUGUGCUGUUUCACCACCUGGAGGGUCUGUAUCACAGGGUCCAAGAGGUACAUGUUUCAGGAUUCCAUGCAGCAUGACAGAGAAUGCUAGCACAGGGCUUGUGAGUUGUGCAAGCACUGUGAAGGAUUCUGGGGCAGGAUGCCCUCACCCCCCUCUGACCAUGUGCUGCUUUGUAGUUGGGCUGAAAAAGUGGGCUGCCCCCAGGAACAGGUCUGGUAACUUGGUGGCCAGGUUAGCCCCAUGGAUUUAGAUGUGGCUCCUGCAAAGCUUUUACGGGGGGGAAAGAAACAUUUGAUAACCAGGAUGGGUCUCCCCUUGCUAUUCUUAGCAGAUAGAGCAGUGUUUGUCCCCUGGAACACAUGGUUGUGGUGGGGGGUUGGGUAGGACAGAAUGUGCUUUUCUCACUUCUCAAUUUUCUUUACUUUUUCUUUCUGUGUCACAUAUUUGGGUCAAGUCAGGGGAUUGUUGUGAUGAGAGGACUGUGGAGGGUGACUCUGUGGGGCCACCAUGUUGUUCCUUGCAGGGCAGGGCACUCUUUGUUUUUAUAUGGUUCAUAUGUAGAAAUAAAUCAGUUCAGUACCACUUUUCCCAGCCAUGUGUUACGGCAGUGGGGAAAGCUGACCUUCCCCACUUUUUAAAACAAUAAUAAUAAUUAUUAUUAUUAUAAUAAAAAUCUCUCAUGUGCAAGAGUCUGAUUUGGGAUGAAAUCCAGCAACCUAUUUCUUCAGUGGCAAUUUCUCAUUUCUACCCAUCCUCCCAAGGCAGAGAAAGCAAUGAAUAAAUCCAGAUUUUGAAAGAAAACAAAGCAUGGCUCUCCAGAGAUAUUUUCUCUGAGGUACUUUCACCCUCCACAGCACUUCUAUUUUUCCUUUCCUCUUUUCUUGGGAAAUUUGGGGUGAAAUUUCCUUCCUUGUGGGCCAGAUUACGUAUCGUCAUUUUUUAAAGGAAUAAGGCAGUGUUUGGGCACAUCCACUUUCACUAGACUGGUGUGGCAUUUCCCCACCUGGAACUCUGCAGAUGCCUUGAACUGCAUUUCCCGUUCCCCUCAGUGACCGCGGUCAUGCUGUUGGGGCAACGUGAAUUGUAAUCCAGCGUGUAGGGAGAUCGCGGAUGUAGGAAGGCUGCACUAUUUAUUUAUUUAUUAUUAUUUUAAAAAGUAUUUAUCGGUGUUUUUCUUUUA